CUUCUUUUUCUUGGAAGGGGAAAGUAAAGUGUGUGAGUAUUUUCCCCGACAAAAGAAAAAAAAAAAAAAAAAAAAAAAAAAAAAAGCCAAAAUUCAGAAACAAAAAAAUCUUCAUGAAUUAUUAAAAUUGAUGCAACGAUUUAUGUUACUACGUCAUUACACGAAAGUAUGUCUUGUUUGGCGCGCGGUAGACCACGACUUGUCUUACUAUAAACGUAAGCCAUUUUGGUACAAGGGGGUUGGAAUCCUGAGCUGUCUUCAUUCAUUUUCAUGACCAAACAAGUGUGUCUUCAAUUUACAGAAAAAAGAAAGAAAAAAAAAAAAAAAACAAGUGUGUCUUCAAACACAUUACACCUGCACACUGUCUAUAAAUACAAGACACAAGUGUGCUAAACACAACUCAAUUGUGUAAACACACACACUUACACACACACAGAGAGACGAGCAGUACACAGUGCAGCUUCAAGAGCUAGCAACCUUCUGGAGGAAGUACUAACCGCAUCAUAGCCGUUGAUAUGGAUCAGAGUCAAACCCCACCAUCCAUUACUGCUAGUACCAAAAACAACAAAGAUCAGUACCAUGAUCACGAGGAUCAAAAGUACCAGCAGAAACCUGGAUGGAGAAAAUUCCUAUCAUAUGUAGGCCCUGGUUUCCUUGUUUCAUUGGCUUAUCUUGAUCCAGGGAACUUGGAAACUGAUUUGCAAGCAGGAGCUAACCAUGGAUUUGAGCUACUAUGGGUAAUCCUUAUUGGAUUGAUCUUCGCUCUCAUUAUUCAGUCACUCGCAGCAAAUCUUGGUGUAAGCACCGGGAAACACCUAUCAGAAUUAUGCAAGGCGGAGUACCCAAAAUAUGUAAAGUAUUGCCUAUGGUUGCUGGCAGAGCUCGCCGUCAUAGCGGCCGAUAUACCUGAAGUGAUUGGGACAGCUUUUGCACUGAAUAUACUGUUCCAUGUCCCAGUUUGGGCUGGAGUUCUCUCUACUGGUUUCAGCACUCUUGUACUUCUUGGCCUGCAGAAAUAUGGGGUGAGGAAGCUAGAAAUGUUGAUCGCGGUGUUGGUUUUCGUCAUGGCGGGAUGUUUUUUUGGAGAAAUGAGCUAUGUGAAACCUCCGGCAGCUGAUGUGCUCAAGGGAAUGUUUGUGCCUAAACUUUCCGGUCAAGGUGCCACCGGGGACGCCAUUGCUCUACUCGGUGCCCUUGUUAUGCCACAUAACCUUUUUCUCCACUCGGCUCUUGUACUCUCUAGGAAGAUUCCCAACUCUGUGCGGGGCAUCAAUGAUGCAUGUCGAUACUUCUUGAUAGAGAGUGGAUUUGCUCUUUUCGUAGCAUUUUUAAUCAAUGUCUCAGUGAUUUCUGUAUCCGGCUCUGUUUGCUCGGCUAAGAAUAUCUCAGUGGAGAACUCGAGCCGGUGCAACGAUCUCACCCUUAACUCUGCUGCUUUCCUUCUCAAGAAUGUGCUCGGAAAAUCAAGCUCGACUGUAUAUGCCAUAGCACUAUUAGCCUCGGGCCAAAGUUCCACAAUUACAGGAACUUAUGCUGGACAAUAUAUCAUGCAGGGUUUUUUGGACCUCAAGAUGAGAAAAUGGAAGAGGAACCUUCUGACUAGGUGCAUCGCCAUUACACCUAGUCUCAUUGUGGCAAUUAUAGGUGGGCCUCAGGGUGCUGGACGGCUAAUCAUAAUUGCUUCGAUGAUACUUUCUUUUGAACUUCCAUUUGCUCUCAUUCCUCUCCUUAAAUUCAGUAGUAGUGCCACCAAGAUGGGACCACACAAGAACUCAAUAUACAUCAUUGUGUUCUCAUGGCUACUAGGGUUGGGAAUCAUUGGCAUAAACAUAUAUUACCUGACCACAGGCUUCAUAAACUGGCUAAUUCACAACAAUUUACCAAAAGUUGCAAAUGUGCUUGUCGGAAUGGUAGUGUUCCCCCUAAUGGCCAUCUAUAUUUCUUCGGUUAUAUAUCUGAUGUUUCGCAAAGACAAGGUCGAGACAUGGGUUGAGACGACGAAGCUUGAGAACCCUAAUGCCCAGACGAUCAUGGAGGACGGGCAUGGAAACUCCGCGGUUUUGCCGGGGUUGGACCGUGUUCCUUUUAGGGAGGAUUUGGCUGACAUCCCACUGCCUGAAUAGGGAUGCUCAAAUGAAGUGUACUCUAUGAAAGUUUUGGUCCAUGGCAUGAAGCUCUAUGUCCCUAACAUGUCUGUAGGGUAUAAAAGAAUCAACAUGUUGGCAAAAGAGCUUCAUUUUUAGGUUGUACUAGGUGCAUGUUUAAUACAUGGUCAAAACUAUUUAUAAUGAAGGUAACAGCAGUUAGAUGGAAAUUCAUAGGAAAUUUUAUUUUAUUUAUUCGACAUUUUAGAUGAAUGUCGAACACUUUUUUAUGUAACAUAAUCUAUUUGAUU